AUGUCAUUGCUCGACAUUGAGCAAUUAAACCUUCGACUGGUGAUGCUGGAGACAGCAUAUGCCCGGCUUGAGGCCAGGUUUGAGGCCAGGUUUGAGGCCAGGUUUGAGGCCAGGUUUGAGGCCAGGUUUGAGGGCAGUGAGGCCACCACUGAACAGCCCGUCCGAGGUAACUCUCCUGAUGUGAACCGUUUGCAGCCGGUUGUUGGUGGCAACACCAUCCCACGCCCUUCCCCCCAAGGACAAUCUAACAGUUGGGUACUCUCAGCUGGGAGUGUUACUGCAGCCCUGGUAUUACAUUUUACCAGAGGUAACACCAAAGAAGCUCAGCUUCUUUACAGUGCCAUUGGCAGACUUGCUCGCCAGCUUGUACAGAUAACAAUGUCACGCUACCAUACAAAUGGUAUAGCUAUACCAUCGUGGGGUAGUCUUGCACCUAACCAGAGAAACAUUCUGGUUAGAAACCUUGAGGAGAGAGCAGCCAGAAGAAAUAUUGCUCUUGAUAGGUUUGAGAAUUCCUGGGUGUUUAUCUUUGUGCUUUCUCAGAGAUGGAGAACUGCUGUCUCCAGUGGAAGACAAGAUCCAACAAAUUUAACAAAAAAGGUAAUCUGCAUUGGCGGAAUUACAAAUGCUGUCAUUUCCUAUGGUGUGAUAAUAUUAAUUAACUACACUCGCCGUCACCUUGCUUAUGAUGCUUACAAAGCUGGCAUUGAUCUCAAGAUGGGUCGAAACUGCUCUGGACUGAUCCAAAAGUCAGUCAUGUCUGAAGGUGAAUCAGACGAUGAUAUGUCCCCCUCUCAGCCAAGAAAUGAGAUUCGUGUUGCUCGCCCAAGUUGGAGAAGUGACGAGCUUAACAAAUUCAUUACGGAGGUUGACUCAUUUGUUGUUAAGCAAUUGGGUGCAAAUUCCCGCCAACUGCUUAAGAGAGUUUAUGGUAGAACAGUGGAAUCAACAGUCCCAAUUGAUUUAGAUCCUGCUCUACCUCAAUGGGCUCUUAAAUAUGGGUCAUAA